AUGAGCGUGAGAGAAGCUAGUAGGAAUGUGAAUCAUCAUGCACAUCGCAUGUCUGUAUAUUUAUCAUCAACACGCACAUCAUCAUCCCCCCACAUCCCACUCAUACCAUCAAACCAUCACCAACAUCGCAACUUCCCCUCUGAAGCCCUCGCACAGAAAAACCUAGCAAAGAAACUCGCUCUCAAAUUCCCCCUCCCCAUACACCACAUCCAGCCCGCUCCAAUAUCUCGUCCUCCAACACCAUCUUCCACAUCACCAGAAGAAUACAAGGCUCGAGUCGCUGCCUUUAUAGCUCGAACAGGCCUGUCGCAUCUAGACACCGAUGUGCUGGUGCGUGCACUGACGCAUCGGUCAUACCGUGGUCCUUAUAAUAGUAGUAAUAGUAGUAAUACGACAAGUGGGUUGCCAGCAUUGAGUCCAUUACCACCGACAGAUGUAAAUGAUCGGUUUGCGGUGGUUGGGGAAUCGCUGCUGAGAAUGUAUAUUACAGAGUGGAUUGCAUGGAGGUAUCGGAAUCUGGCUGGGGAUGAUUUGGAGGAGGCUGUGGAUGCGUAUGUCGGGUUGGCUGCUCUUGCUAAGGUUGGACGUGGACUGGGUGUGCAGCGUGUUAUGAGAUGGAAGUAUAUGGACAAAGAAACAUCCCUCGGCGAAACCCCCAUUAUAUCCCGUGUAAUGCAAGCCCUCGUAGGCGCCCUCUACGAAACCAAGGGCCCAACCCCCGCCAAGGAAUUCAUCAAGGCACACAUCCUAUCCCGUGUUAUAGACCUCGAGUCCCUCAUAGUCAUAAACAAACCAAAAGCCAUGCUGUCGCAAGUAUACCGGACUCUCAAGCGGGAGAGACCGAUUGCGAGACUGGUCAAAGAGACUGGUAGGCAGAGUCAUUCGCCGGUAUUUGUUGUGGGGAUGUAUUCUGGGGAUGUUAAAGUUGGAGAAGGAUACGGAAGCUCGAUAAAAAUGGCUGAAACAAGAGCAGCAAAAGACGCCCUCCUCCAGUAUUUCCUAAAAGAUUCCAAAACUACAGUACAGCUUCCAUCAGAUCAAGUAACUGGUGACGAAGAGGACUUGAUUUCAUUCUUUGCAUCAAAAACAGCAGCAGACGCAUCACAACCAUCAUCUACAGACGCAUCACCAUUGUCAUAA